GGAGGCUGGUGCUCACAGGCACAGCUGGACUACUGGAUGACUGGACUGCAGCCCACUGGAUAUUUAGCGAGAAAGGCACCAUCAAAGCCUCUGGCAUUGGAAAACAAUUUAGAUUAGUUAGUGUGAAAUACAUAAUACCAAGAUGAACAGUGUGGCAGAUUGGGUCGUGCAGAACAGGGACAAGAUCGAGAAAGGUGUGGAGAUCAUGGGGCAAGCCUCGGAGGUGCUCGCCGCCACUGUGGGUCAGCUUCACCCCGUCUUGGAGGCCAUAUUCAAGGCUUCGUCCGAGAUACUCAAGAACCCGGAGAGCAAAGAGGCUCGCUACCUGACUCAGCAGUUUGAACUGGUCAACCAGCAACUCGAGGGAAUCCAAAAUGAGAUUGAUCAAAUUGCCCUGGAGCUGCAGAGGACGUCGAUGAACAAGCAGAACUUCGAUCGGGAGGCGCAGAUGCUCAGCCAGUACGAAAAGUUCCAGGACUUUGUCAACGCCAAGCCAAAGUUCAAAGAGAAGAAAAUGGAGAAGUUCAUCAGCCAUUACGAGAACACCAAUGCCGACUUGAACCUGGACGCCCUCUACAAUGCCGUCAUCGGGGAGAGCACCUCAGGAGACCCCUUGCUUGAAACAGUGGUCACUACCAAGCAGAGAAGCAGAAGGGCAGUUGAAGAUUUCUGCGCCCGGCUUAAGAAGCUUUUUGUGGUGGGCAUUAUCGCCGUUAUGGGCCACUCCGCCCUCAAGGAAGGGGUGGUGGGGGAGGAGAUAGUGAAGAAGUGGCAGGGAAGGAUGGAGGAGGUGGAGAAUCGAAUGAAAGCUGCAGUGGAUGACUGUAAAGAGAACUUUGUCGAUCAAGCCAAGAUGGACUUGGAGAACCUGCUGCAGGAGAACCCCGGCACUGUCGACCUCGAUUUCACCAAAUCCCUUCUGAGUUCUCUCGUUAAGAAAUUCGACUGGGUGAGCUGGUCCAUCAGGGCCUUCCUCGACAAGGAGCGCAUUUUCUUUUUCAACUGGCUGGCAGGAAAGGAUUGCCACGGAAGUGGAGGAGCCAACUGGUUUGAAAUUUUGACCAAGAGCAAAAUCAAAGUGGUCGUCUCCUUCUGCGUUGACCCCAAGCCCAUUAACAAGAGCCAGAUCCAGGAGCAGGUUGAAGGUCAGAAGAUGAGGGGGAACAUGAUGACAGUGGCUAUGGCUUUGACCAAGAGCUUCCCCAACUGCCUGGUCCAUGCUGUCAGUCGUUACAAGGAGGUGGUGGAGUCAAACAACUUUCAUGUGGAUUCUUACUACUAUGUAAAACACAAAAGAGGCUACCUGUGUAUCCACCCUGAGUAGGAUCACAGGAAAACACAAAGUGCAGCCGCAUACAAGAAGAAAAUGAUGAGCUACACAUACAUUUAUGAAUGUCUUUACCAGAGACCUGGAAAUAUUUCCAUUAAAAAUGUAAUAUUUAAUUCAGAAAUUUUGUCUUUAUCGAUGCAUAAUCUGCUCUGUCUGGCUUCUGGUUUGUGAUUCAUUGUCUUGCUUGAAAUUAUGUUUAUUUCUUUUACAUAUUUCUGUCAUCUGUUAAUGAAACAGCAGCUUUAUGGUGUUGUUUUUGUCAGAGCCGUACAUCUCCAUGCCAGCUUUGACAUAGCGUUAUGUAAUUCAUAGUGAUUCUGUCCCCAUUGGAUAUUACUUGGGUUAGGCGAUGUGACAAUAUAAGUCUGUUAACAAAGGACUUUGCCAUACAGUUUAUACCAAUGCAACCUUUCCCUUUAAUACCUUUAAACAUCUCUAGGUGUAUCGAACCAUUGUGGGCAAUGCGGUAAAUCAAUGAUUAGAACUACUUAAUGGCUUUUUCGAUUUAUUUUAUUGCACUGAUGUUAUGCAGUACCCAGAUUUUUUCUUAUGGGUUAUUUUAAGCUUCCCAGUUCAUUAUUGACCUUUGAAAGCUGUAAAACAAGCAAGUAAUUGUACAUUGAGUUAAGAUUGUUUGCGGACUGCUGUUUCUGAAGUCAAAAAUAUACUAUGUAGCUCAACAAUUAAAGGAAUAGCUCAACAUUUUCACUUGCUCGCUUUCUUGCUCAGAGUAAGAUAAGAAGAUCGAGACCAUGUCUAACACGUCGGUCUGUAAUAUAUGAGGCUACAGCCAGGAGACCGUUAGAUUAACUUAGCAUGAAGACUUGAAACAGGAAGUGUAAAAACGUCAAUUGGCAAGUUAUGUGCCGGACUUAUUCUUGGCGGUGAAAAGGGAUUUCCUGGAUCUCGUCACAGAACCAGCGUUUAGUACGGAUUAAACAAACAAGAUAUAACGUGUUAACUGGUGAGACAGGCUAGCAGCUGUGAGACUUUAUGCUAAGCUAAGCUAACCGCUUCCUGGCUGGAGAUUCAUAUUUAGCAAGAGUGGUUUCGUUGUUCUCGUCUGGCUCUGUGAUAUGGUCAAAAGCUCCAGAACAAGUAAAUAAUUGGAUCUUGAGUUAAGAUGUUGUUGUCAUUUCUCAUACAGUGUCUCAAUUUGUUUUAGAGAAUAUUUACCACCUAUAAAAUGAAAUAAAAGAAGUAUGCUGUGUUAGCGUAUUAUGUCGAUAUAAUGUGUAUAAAGCAAAAUCAUUAUUGCUGCUUUUGUUGCAAUAUAUUGCUGCAAACGUCCAAAAUCCUUAUUCCGCAAUCACUUCAUCAAGAUACGUAUGUAUGUAUAUGUUACUCUAAUUUGUAAUAAACACAAAAUAUAUGAA